AUGACUUCCACCGACAACGAGAAAAUCCCAGACACCAUGCGUCCUCCCUCUGUCACCAAAGGCUCAGUCCAAGAUGUCAUUAGCGAAACAUCUCUGAAGCCCAUCACCCGCAAAGUCGACUACCAUCUCGUUCCUCUCAUGCUAGUCUGCUAUUUCCUCCAAUUCCUCGACAAAGUCCUCAUCAACUAUGCCAACAUCAUGGGUCUCUCCGAGAACCUCCAUUUCACAGGAAAUGAUUUCUCCUGGAUGGCUACCGCUUUCUUCAUCGGCUUCGCCGUUGCGGAAUUUCCUCAGGGUGUCUUGAUCCAGAAGUUCCCUGUUAGCAAGGUUCUUGGCCUUAACGUUGUUCUCUGGGGUAUCGUUAUCUGCUGCUCGUCUGCUGCGCACAACUUCCCUGGUAUGACAGCUGCGAGAACUCUUCUUGGCAUGUUCGAAGCCGUUAUCUCACCUGCUCUUAUCAUGAUCACUUCGCAGUGGUACACCAGAAGACAAGCAACCCCAAGGACUGGUAUCUGGUACUGCGGUCUUGGCAUCGGCCAGACUGUUGGUGGACUGAUCUCGUAUGCUGCUCAGCACGGUAGCCGAACCAGCAGCUUCCAGAGCUGGCGCAUCAUGUUUGUUUCCGUUGGCGCCUUCAAUGUUAUCAUUGGUCUCCUUGUUCUCUUCUGGAUGCCUUCUAGCAUCAAGGACGCCAAGUUCCUUACAGAGCAGGAGCAGGUCAUGCUUCAAGAAGCCCUUGAUGCUGAUCAGGGAGGGAAAAGCGCCAAGGUCUUCCGCCGCGCUGGUAUUUGGGAUGCUCUCAAGGACAUUCAAGUCUGGUUGCUUUUCCUCAAUACUAUUCUCAUUGUUAUCCCAUCAGGCAUCAUCACAACAUUCUCUGCUACUCUGAUCCGCGGUUUCGGUUAUGACCCCAAGCAGGCCGCCCUCCUCAACAUGCCUGCUGGUGUUGUAUCAGUGUCCGCUACCUUGCUCAGCACCUUUGCCAUCCUCUACGGGUUCCCACGAUGGUUGGGUCUUUGCCUUCUCAUGGUCCCAACUCUAAUUGGUGCAGGACUAAUGUCCUUCUACUCCAGCAGUCAAGCAGGCUCACUCGCCGGAAUCUACUUGAUUAACUUCGAUGUUGCACCUCUUGCACUGAUCUAUGCUCUUGUCGGAGCCAAUGUUCAAGGGUACACUAAGAAGGUCACUACGAAUGCCAUCGUUGCUGUUGGCUUUUCCAUUGCCAACAUCAUUGGACCACAGACCUUCCAAGCCAAAGAUGCGCCAAAGUUCCUCCCAGCAAAGAUCACCGUUUUCUGUGUUUGUGGCGGGUCGGUUGUUGUCACCAUUCUGACUAGAAUUCUUUAUGGCCUUCGAAACAGAAAGGGAAGGGUUUCACAGGAUGUUGGGCAGAGUGGAGAGGUUGAUCCGGAUACUAUGACGGAUAGGAACAACCCUAACUUCUUCUACGUUUACUAA